AUGCUCACUUACCCGCUAGAACGAUUCUAUUUUCGCUGUGCUCUACAGGGAGCUGGUUUGAGGGAACGAUCCCCGUUGAAAGCACCUGGUCGCAAACGGGCCCCGAAAGUCGAACCGAAAAAGGACAAACCGAAAAGUAUCCGGAGUCAAAAGGCUCCGAAGAAAAAAGCUAAGGCCAGUCAAAUAAAAGCAAAGGAUGCAGCGGAUAAAGCAGCUACCAAACCAGAGGCAAAUGAAAAACCGGCCUCUGCUAGCAAUGCCGCAAAGGACAAACCGUUUGCUGCCGGCAAGGAUAACAAAUCAACAGAACAAGGUGAAGGUGAAGCACAACGAUCGGAGGUAUCGGAUGAGAGUUCAAGCGAGGCUUCGGAAGAUAUUAUUGUUUAUGAGACCCCCGAAAAUCAGAGUUAUGAACGAAGACGUCAGUUCGAUAAUGUGCUGUUGCAUCCAGCUCAGCAAGAGCUCGCGUCGAACUGUUGA